AUGGGCGCGCGGCUGAUCCUCUCCGCGCGCUCCGCGGAGCGCCUGCAGGCAGUGGGCGCCUCCUGCUGCGGAACGCACGCGCCGGAGGGGGUGGUGGUGCUGCCGUUCGACCUCAAGGGGGGAGCGGACGUGCUGCACGACGCAGUGCGCCAGGCGGAAAGCGUGCUCCGCGGGGAGGAGGCGCGUGGUGAGGAAGGGCCGUGCGGAGUUGAAUGCCGCCCAUCCGCGCCCGGUGAGUCGUCUAUCCUGAAUGGCUCAUGCGUUACACCUCUCCUUGCUCUCUCCCCCUCUCUGUUCCGCUCCUCCGCCUUCCGCUCCCCCCCAUCCCCUUCCCUGCCUCCCCCAUCCCCUUCCCUGUCUCCCCCCUUCCUUGCCUGCUUCCCCCCGUCCCCUUCCCUCCUUCCCCGCGUCCCCUCCCCUGCCUCCCCCCAUCCCCUUCCCUGCUUCCCCACAACCCCUUCCCUGUUCCCCUUCAUCCCCUUCCCUGCUUCCCCCCAUCCCCUUCCCUGCUUCCCCCCAUCCCCUUCCCUGCUUCCCCCCUUCCCCUUCCCUGCUUGUCCCCUUCCCUCCUUCCCCCGUCCCCUCCCCUGCCUCCCCCCAUCCCCUUCCCUGCUUCCCCCACAACCCCUUCCCUGUUCCCCUUCAUCCCUUCCCUGCUUCCCCCAUUCCCCUUCCCUGCUUCCCCCCAUCCCCUUCCCUGCUUCCCCCCUUCCCCUUCCCUGCUUGUCCCCUUCCCUCCUUCCCCCGUCCCCUCCCCUGCCCCCCCCAUCCCCUUCCCUGCUUCCCCACAACCCUUCCCUGUUCCCCUUCAUCCCCUUCCCUGCUUCCCCCAUUCCCCUUCCCUGCUUCCCCCCGUCCCCUUCCCUGCUUCCCCCCCGUCCCCUUCCCUGCUUGUCCCCUUCCCUCCUUCCCCCCGUCCCCUCCCCCCUGCCUCCCCCCAUCCCCUUCCCUGCUUCCCCACAACCCCUUCCCUGUUCCCCUUCAUCCCCUUCCCUGCUUCCCCAUUCCCCUUCCCUGCUUCCCCCCGUCCCCUUCCCUGCUUCCACCCGUCCCCUUCCCUGCUUCCCCCCGUCCCCUUCCCUCCUUCCCCCCGUCCCCCUCCCAGCCCCGCAUCCCCUUCCCUAA